AUGUCGAUCCGAGGCACCGCCAAAUACCACCAGAUACCCGUCCAGAGCGACGCGCCGCAAUUCGCAGCCCCCCAGGGUCAACAGUUUUCGUCCUACUCCCAGAACCGCGACUUCAACCUCAAAUCCACAAUCACAGAGGGCGACUUUGCCGACAAGGUCAAGGCCGUGACCCAGAAGAUUGAGGUCUUCCUGGACAAGUACUCGGGCCCGGUCAAGCCCCAUCUUCCCACCCUCGGCCGGUUCCUCAUUGUCGUCACUUUCCUGGAGGACGCGCUCCGAAUCCUCACACAGUGGUCUGACCAGGUCUACUACAUCACCAACUUCAAGCACAUCCCCAAGUUUAUCACCGUCAUCUUUCUGCUGCUCAACGUGGUUGCCAUGAUCGCCGGAUCCUUCAUGGUCACCGCCAAGAAGCGAAUUGAGGUCGGUUGCGGUCUGCUGGUCGGAGUCAUUGUCACCCAGGCUCUGGCCUACGGCCUCAUCUUUGACUUUGGCUUCAUUCUGCGAAACCUGUCCGUCAUUGGCGGUCUUUUCAUCGCUCUUAACGACGCCUUUGUCAAGGACAAGUCCAAGCGAGGUCUCCCUGGUCUCCCCUCUAUUGACGACAAGGACCGGUCCAAGUACGUGCUCCUGGCAGGCCGAAUCCUCCUGGUUGUCAUGUUCACCUCCUUCAUCCUCAAUAUGACCUGGACUAUGUCUCGAGUUCUGGUGUCCAUUGUCGGAAUUGCUGCUUGCUCCAUGGUCGUUGUUGGCUUCAAGGCCCGAGUUUCCGCGUUCCUCCUGUGCAUCAUCCUCUUCAUCUUUAACAUCACCGCCAACUCCUACUGGGCCUUCCCCGCCUCUUCUCCCGUCCGAGACUACCUCAAGUACGAGCACUUCCAGACCCUGUCCAUCAUUGGCGGUCUUCUGCUGGUUGUCAACACCGGAGCCGGCAAAAUCUCCAUUGACGAGAAGAAGAAGGUCUACUAA